CCCAACUUAAGUGCUUCGAAUUAGGGCUUCGAUUUCCCGGUUCUGAACCAAGCUAGCGUGGCGAACGCCAGCAAUCAGAGUCUCCGAAUCAUCUUCAAGAAUGAUGUUCGCGAGUUCGAGCUGAACCCGUAGAUCGGUUUUAUCGGAUCUAGCAUUCCCUCCCUCACCGUAUUUGAAUUGAAAUCGGGAAGCUCAGGAAUUCGGAUUCGUCAUUCGUCGUCUCCUUACAUUAUAUACAGUCACCUAAACAGUUUGCGUGUGGCAAGUGCGAGCGAGUUGAAAUUAAGUCGGACAAGAAAAAGAGAGACGGAGAUACAGAGAGAUGGUGACGUCUUCGGUGGUGAACACUUAUCCUUUGUCGAGCUACACCUUCGGAACCAAGGAGCCGAAGAUGGAGAAGGAUACUUCCGUUGCCGAUCGCCUCGCUCGCAUGAAAGUGAACUAUAUGAAAGAGGGUAUGAGGACAAGUGUGGAAGCAAUCCUCUUGGUCCAGGAACAUAAUCAUCCACACAUACUUCUACUGCAAAUUGGAAACACAUUCUGCAAGCUUCCUGGUGGCCGUCUGAAGCCAGGCGAAAAUGAAAUUGAGGGCUUGAAGAGAAAGCUGACCAGCAAACUAGGUGCCAAUUCACCUGCUUUGGUACCAAAUUGGCAGAUUGGUGAGUGUGUGGCUAUUUGGUGGAGACCAAACUUUGAAACUAUAAUGUAUCCAUACUGCCCUCCACACAUAACGAAGCCCAAGGAGUGCAAGAAGCUUUUCCUUGUUCACUUGUCCGAAAGAGAGUACUUUGCAGUGCCCAAGAAUCUGAAACUGUUGGCUGUUCCGUUGUUUGAACUCUAUGAUAAUGUUCAGCGGUAUGGGCCAGUCAUAUCAACUAUUCCUCAGCAACUUUCCAGAUUUCAGUUCAAUAUGAUUACCAUAUAACUUCUCUCCGUGGAUUUCAAGACCCUAUUUCUGGAUGGUAGUGCUGAUAUGUUGUGCAUCCUAACAUGCCUUUUUUUUCCAUUCUUUAAUAUUAGACAGAGCGUUCUAGGAUAGGAAGUUGAUUAGCUGAAACUUAUUUUGACUUGCUCCAUAUCUGCUGACGUUCAAGUGUCUCUAGAUUCUUUGUUUAAGAGUGUUGAGAGUGAUCAACAUCAUUGGAGCUUUUGUUGACAUUUAUCUUGCUAUCUGGGUGUGUGUGUGAGAUUUAGUGGUUUACGAUGCCAUCGUCAGUCAUUUCCUCUCAGAAGUCCCGACCAGAUCCUGUGAGGCAAAACUGGCAGACUAUUUUCCUGAGAGAACUUGACCAGAAUUUUGCAGCUUCUUAGUGGCCGAAGUUGGGCCUUUGGCAUUUGGUAACUGGCCUAUUCUUUGGCGGGUCUUGAAUUGAGGAGUGGCAUAUCCUAUUGAGGGCUAUAGUCUAGUAGUAUAAAAUGGCCAUUUGUGCAAGUUACAAAAUGGAUCUUUGUACCACCAACUCACUGUAAAUUGAACUUCAUCGAUUGAAAAAUGCAGGCUUGUGAUUGUUCUU